AUGGAUGACACGCAGCGGCACUUCAGGCGCUGGUGGGAAAGGUCACUGGUUUCCUUAGCGUCUGCUAAGCCAGCACAACCCGGCACUGGGGCAGGAGCAUCUCCGCGGCCUCCCGGGAGCAGGACGCAGGGGACGCGCCUGGGGAGGCCGCGGCCAGGGGGACGGAGGCCUGGCGCGCGCGGGGGCCGCGGGGGGCGCGGGGGGCGCAGACCCCGCGGGGCCGGCCCGACCCCAGCCCCAGCAACACCCAGCCCCGUCCUCCCCCACACCCCUAAAUCCCCCCACCGCGCCCCGCGCCGCGGGACCCCCGUGAGCCCGACCCCGACGGCGCCCUCUCCAGGCCGCGGCGGAGGCCACGGGCCUGGCGCCAGCCGCGGUGGCAGCGCGGCCCCCGGGGGAGGACAGCUGGGCCGCGCGGCCUGUCCCCCCGGGCAGCGGGCGCAGGGCCGCGCGCGGGCAGCGCCUCCGCCCCGCACGAACAAAGCGGCCGGGCGCGCGCGGGUCGGGCAGCGCCGCCUGCGGGUCGCGGGACGCGGGAGGCUGGCGGGGACACUCACCGGAGGCCGGCGGGAGGGCCUGGUGGCCCCGAGCGGGGCGCGGCGGGCCGGGGGGCUCCGCAGCGGUGGCGGGCACGGUGCGGCGGGGCCCGGGAGCCGCACGGGCCCGGCUCGGUUCUGCGGCCGCAAGGUGCGGGAACGGGUCCGCCGGGCGGGCAGCGGCGCUAAGCGGCCGGGGCAGCGACGCCGCAGCCGGUCCCUUCUCUUGCCCUGCUCCCCGCUCCGCCGCGUCGUCCUGGUCGCUGGGUCCCCGCCGCCGCCGCCGCCUUAGCCUCGGCGCCCCUCCGGCUUCUCCUCUCCAUCAAGGCCGGGCCGAGCCGCAAGGACCAUCCCGGGAAGUGAGGAGUUGUUGCCGUCUCCCGCAGCUGCUGGUGGCCAUCUUUAAUCCUCC